AUGACAAACACAAUUGAUGCGUGCUUGACUGAUUGGAGGCUGAAUCGUGUUUUGACUGUGACACUUGACAAUGCAUCAUCAAAUGAUCUUGGAAUCAAACAAUUGAAGAAAAGAAUAAUGUCUUGUAACAACUUAGUUUUUAAUGGAGAGUACAUGCAUAUGCGUUGUUGUGCGCACAUCUUAAAUAUCAUUGUUAGUGAGGGAUUGAGUGAUUUAGAUAUGUCAAUUUUAAGACUUCGUGCUACUGUGAAAUAUGUUAGGUCUUCUCCUCGUAGGUUUGCGAAAUUUAAAGCAUUUGUAGAACGGUCAAACUCUGAAUACAAAGGUCUUGUUUGUCUUGAUGUGGAAACUAGGUGGAACUCAAUAUAUUUAAUGUUAGACUCGGCUUUAAAGCAUCGAAAGGCAUUUGAAGUGCUUGAAAUUCAUGAUCCCAAGUAUUCUGAGGAACUACUUAAGGGGAAGGGGAAAGGUGUGCCUACCAGUUUCGAUUGGGCGAAAGCACAACCAAUUAUGCCAUUUUUAAAAAUGUUUUACGAUGCUACCUUACGAAUAUCUGGUUCCUCUUAUGUUGCCUCUAAUAUGUAUAUGUUAGAAGUUUUUGGAAUAGGUGAAAAGAUACUUAAAAUGUGCAACUCCAAGGAUAUGUGCUUAAAAGUAAUGGCUGAUAGGAUGAAAACAAAGUAUGACAAAUAUUGGGGAAAAUUUGAAAAUUUGAAUAUGUUGUUGAUUUCUUCUAUCUUAGACCCCAGGAACAAAUUAAAGUUUGUCAAUUGGUUGAUCACUCAGAACUUUAAUUCAUUUGAUGCAACCAAAUUAAAAGAUUUGUUGAAAACCUGUUUGGAUGAACUAAUUAUAGAGUAUAAUGGUGUUGGAGAAGGAUUCCAAAGUGAAUCACAAAUCAGUUGA